AUGUUAAUUAACUAUUAUUUAAAACUAAACAAAUAACAGUUCUCAGCUGUAAAAUACAGUAUAUGGCUUUUUUUCUUUUUUCCUUUUUUUUACUGUACUGUGUCAUUAUUGUCUAAAUAAAUUCUGGCAUCCACAUCUGCUUUAUUUUACCACAAGUAAAUGAACAUUAAAAGUGCAAAAGAACCAGUCCUAUAAAUCAAGACAACACAAGCCAAGCUCCAUAUUCCUUAUUUUAUUUGUUUCCUUCUUUCCUUCUUCUUUUUAAAUAAAUAAAUWAAUUAAUUAAUUAAAUAGAAAGGGCUUUGAUGAUUACUUAUGUGUUUUUUUUAAUUGCACUCCACCAGGAGAAAUGUUCAUUCCAAAUCUUCCAGUUCUGGUGUGGAAAACAUGCUUUUCUACACCAUCACAGACGGAAAAGAGCAAGUGUCUAUCGCACACUUUACUGCUGCCUUGAAAAAAACAGGUCUUCAUCCCUCGGACCCUCGCCUGAGGGGGUGCAUGGAGAAGCUGCGACAGGCUGUGAAGGAAUCUGUUGGUGAAGUUAUGAUGGACAGAGACCUCUUCCACAGGUGUGUCGGUGGCAACGUUGUUCUGCUGAUCCAGGCCUUCAGAAAGAAAUUUAUCAUCCCCGAGUUUGAUGUGUUUGCAGAAAAAAUAAAYGAAAUCUAUGAAACAGUGCAAAAGCAAAACAAUGGAAAGGUUGCAGACUACAUCCCCCAGCUGGCUAAAUUUAGCCCAGAACUGUGGGGUGUGUCUUUAUGUACAGUUGACGGCCAAAGGCACUCUGUAGGCGACACCAAGCAGCCAUUCUGCCUGCAGUCAUGUGUGAAGCCCCUGCAGUAUGCCAUCUCCAUCCACGAGUCUGGAACUGAGAAGGUUCACAGCUAUGUUGGCAUGGAGCCCAGCGGACUCAAGUUCAAUGUGCUUUCACUUGAUGAGGAAGAUAAACCCCACAACCCCAUGGUGAACGCUGGAGCCAUAGUGAUCAGCUCUCUUAUCAAGCCUCAUUCAAAUAAAGCAGAGAAGUUUGAUUAUUUUAUGGGAUUUUUGAAAAAGAUGGCCGGUCAAGAAUAUAUAGGAUUCAGCAAUGCCACGUUUCAGUCGGAAAAAGAAACAGGCGACAGAAAUUUUGCCAUUGGAUACUACAUGAAAGAGAAGAAGUGUUUUCCUCCAGGAGCAGAUAUGAUUGAUGCUCUUGACUUCUACUUCCAGCUGUGCUCCAUCGAAGUCACCUGUGAGUCUGGAAGUGUCAUGGCUGCCACUUUGGCCAACGGGGGAAUCUGUCCAAUUACGGGCGAGCGAGUCCUGAGCGCCGAGGCUGUACGAGACACCUUGAGCCUCAUGCAUUCGUGUGGCAUGUAUGACUUCUCUGGUCAGAUGGCUUUUCACGUGGGAUUACCUGCAAAAUCUGGCGUAUCUGGUGCAAUACUGCUGGUGAUCCCUAAUGUCAUGGGAGUGAUGUGUUGGUCUCCUCCUCUGGACAGAGUUGGGAACAGCGUCCGGGGAAUUCACUUCUGUCAGGAACUCGUUUCACAGUUCAAUUUUCACAACUACGACAACCUGAGACAUUUUGUAAAGAAGCAAGACCCUCGCAGGCAGGACGGAGAUGACAGGAACAAGUUUGUUUUCAACCUUUUGUUUGCUGCCUACAGUGGAGAUGUGUCAGCCUUGAGAAGAUUUGCCCUUUCUUCUGUGGACAUGGAUCUAAAAGAUUAUGACUCCCGAACUGCUCUACAUAUCGCUGCAGCAGAGGGUCACACAGAUGUGGUGAAGUUUCUCACUGAAACCUGCAAAGUUAAUCCAUUUAUAAAAGACAGGUGGGGGAACCUUCCAGUUCAUGACGCCGUGCAGUUUGAACACAAAGAAGUGGUGGAGGUGCUUAGAGAUUAUCAGCAAAACUGCAAGCUGCAGGAAAGGCAGCAAGGUGAAUCUGGGCACCCACAGAAGCUGGACACCAUCGAGGGCAUGGUGUGAUCACUAUAGGGUUUUAUAAGUUUACGUAACGAGUGUCAAACUAGAAAAACAACAUAUUGGCUACAGUCUGAGAAUUCUGAGAAGUUUUUUUUUUUUUUUUUU